AUGGGCGGUCUCUGCAUUGUUGGAGGCAUUACUGGUUUCGUGAAGACACGCAGCAUUCCCUCUUUGGUCGCGGGCGUCGGUGUGGGCGCACUGUAUCUCUACAGUGCAGACAGCAUACGGAAGGGAACUCCUAACGGUCUCGAGACUGCGCUUGGUGCCUCUGCUAUCCUGUUGCUAUCAUCACUGCCUCGAGUUGCCAAGGGCCCGGUGCCCGCCGUCCUCACAGCGACUUCGUCAGCUGCAUUAUUUUACUAUGGAAAGAAAGUAUACGGGCUCCAUCAAUGA